AUGGAUAGCAACUAUAUUUAUAUUUAUAUUCUUCUAGUAUUCUCGAUUGGUAAACUGGCUUCAAGCAAAAACAUUGAAAAAAAUCAGAGAAAUGUCAACGAAGACGUAAAAUAUCUCGCGUUUGUAACAAACGGUGAUUUAUAUUCUUGCCCAUGUGUAAUAAUAAGCGAAAGACAUUUACUGGCAAGUGGAUCAUGCAUCCGCAGACAUGAGCGUGGAUUAGAAAUAAUUGCAGGUGUCGUUCCACACACCUCUGAUACAAAUGAUACCGAUAAUGAUGAUGAGAGAGCUAUGAGAAAGAUAUCCAAAAUAAAGUAUCAUGACCAAUUUGUCAACCAAGUUCGGAGCAUACGGAUACAUAAUAGUUUUGUAAUAUUAACUUUAACAGACAGCCUGCCAAUAGGAAACAACAUAAAAAUAGCCAAAUUACCGACUAAAGACAUUGAAAUAAAUGAUGAAGCUACGAUACAUGGUUGGUACCAAACUUGCACAAUCAGAUCACCGCCUAGAUUUAUCAAUGCGCCGCUAACUGUAGUUGAUAGCAGUAAUUGUUCGCGAAUUGACAAGGAUGAAUUUUGUGCCAGCAGCGAAAUGACGGAAAAGAUAAUCCAUUCAUCGCCAGUCAUUGUCAAUGGAACAAUAAUCGGAUACACGACCUUUGGAUGCCCGUCAUUAAACAAUGACCACACAGUGACAAGUGUUUAUUAUUACUUGUCAUUUAUUAAAAAUGCCAUGAAGCCGUUUAUUUAA